ACAGUAUCAUUUUCGACAAUUAUUUUACGAUUAAAAAUGUAUAUAGUUGCUGCCCUUACUUUUCUUUCUUUUUUUCUUUUUCUUUCUUUACUUACUUACACACUUUCUUUUGGGUUUGCAUUUUGUUUUUUUCUGCAAAAUUAAUCAGAAUGCACAAAUCAAUUAUGGCUUAAACUUGACUUAAACUUGUUCUUAGCUAUUAUUAUUCUAGUAAAAAAAAAAAAAAAAAGGUACUGCUUUAAGCCCAGCACUAUUCUCUCUCACUGCCACUGUGGCGUUACGCUUUGAAAAUAGAAACCUGUACUGAAAGACAUGAUAUCAUUGUGUAAUCACGUUGUUUCAACCACAGUGGUGUGUACAGUUGAGUGUAAACCAUGCUGCUUUUUAAGAUGUUUUUUAAAGGCAGGACAAAAAAAAAAACAGGACCUAUGAUAAAGCCUUGAGGGACGCCAUAUGACAAAAUGAAAAUUUCGCAUUUACAGAAAGGCACUAAUGCAAACUUGACUCUUAUUCAUUGAGCUUAUGACCUGAAAAUCAGUAGAAGUGUGCCGUCAGUAGAGACGUACAGUUUAUUUAAAUAAACUCAGAGGAGACACAGAGAGAGGAGGUUUAUAGCGUGAGGAUAGACGCCGGCACCUGCGAUGAUAAAUCCUCCCUUUCAAAAUCAGAAUCCAAAAAUUAGAAGCUCGAUAGUGCAGCUGCAAAUCUCAGGUUUAUAUCAAUGCGUUCAUUCCAAUGCGUUAUCGUUUCUAUAGUAACAGCUCAUCCACAGGGACCUUCCCACUUUUGCACUUUUUGAACUGAAAGGGAUGAAAAUUGAGAUUUUAUGUCACAAAACUACAUGAAAUAUCUCAUAAUACUGACAUGUUUCGGAAAAAUCAGUACAGUUUGCGAAAUGAUUUACAAAUAAAAUUCGUUAUUCGCCUGAGUUAUUGUGAAACCUGUGAAGUGAAAUAAUCAGCUGAAUGGAGUUGACAUGUGCCGUUAAAGUGUCAUGUGAUCGCAGUGUGAAUACCUGUUCCUGGAAGACCUCAGAAGCUGAACGAACAGCAUCAUGAACACCGAGAAGCUGUCAAGCUUGUCAAGUUCUGGAAAGGUAUUCUGGAAACGUUUUAUAAUCCUGCAAAGGGCUGUUAAAAUGGAAAGAAUAUGGCACACCUACGACUCUGCCUAGAGGAGGUCGUCCACUGUAGCUCAUUAACUGCUCAUGGGUAACGUCCAGCAUGAUGCUCCCACCACCGUGCUUCACAGUGCUCCACAGGACGGUGUUCCCAGGGUGUUGGCUUUCCGCCAAAUGUGCCAUUAGACCAAAGAAAAGUUUUUCACGUAUUUGAUAAGUCUCAAACAUGUCUUUUGGCAAAUUCAGAGCAGGAUUUCAUGUGACUCAGGUCUGUGAAGUGUCCAGGUUAUGUUUGUCCUGGGAACAUCUUCAACCAUCUGAGAUGUUGAUCUCAAAAGCUUCUUCAGAGUUACCCUUGGACUCUUGGUUGCUUCUCUGACUAAUCUCCUUUUUUUUUUUUCCUGGAUACUGACUUUUGUCCGUCCAUCCGAGGUACUUGUUAAUGUGAAAUGUCAAGAACGAGUGGUUGAAUGUUUUUAGGAUUGAUAUGGAUUUAUCAUUUUAACCAGCCGAUGAAGCUGAUGAGAUUUUGGAGUUGAUCCAACCAGGGUCAAGGUCACAGCAAGGUCAAAUGCCAGAAAAAGUUUUUCUUCUAAAGCCUCCUUACUGUUUGAAGUCUAUAUUAAGGAUAUUUCAGGUGUACACAUUAAUGAAAAGAAGGACUAGACUUGGAUUCUGUGGAAAUUUCAAACCCUGAUUGAUAUUUUUCCAGAACUUCCAGUCCUGGACUUGUUUUGAUGCCUCUGUUGUCUUCAUGAUGCUGUUAUUCCUUAAAAGUUGUCCAGUGCCGAGAUGCAGUUAUGUGGCAAGUCAUCAGUAAGUGACGUCUCGUACAUCUGCAUGACCACCUGCUGUGUGUUUUGCGCUUUGUUGACUUGUCUUGGUGACGAAUGAUCCAUUUGAAUUGAUUUGAGAACUGCUUUGAUGAUGAGCAGCUCUCAGCUGUAUUGUGCAUCAGGGAUGCUCUGGGAUCUGUUGAUCGUGUCUGCACGUGGGUCUGCACUGCAGAGGCUUUUCAGGCCAGAGUAAUAGAGCAUGAGCGAAGCUGAUGGGUUUGUACAGAGGAUUCGUGCAUUUCAGUGAAUGACUGCAGCAAAGCAUUCAAUAACAGUGACAAAAAUUGAUGUGUAAAUAUGAAUUUUGUGAAAAUAAAGUGCAUCUCUCUGAUCAGAGCUACAGUCAAGGUGACUGCACACCCCCCCUUCCCUACACACACACACAAACACACUAUCACUCUCAGAGGCAAUGAUACGUCAUUCUGUGUGUGUGUGUGUGUGUGUGUGUGUGUGUGUGUGUGCGCUGUGCCAGCUGCAGCAAGUGUACGAGCUCCUGCAGGCAUGCAUGGAUCUACAUACGGCUAAAAGACAGCAGACUAAUACAUCUGCCCUGAGGACAGGAUGGAGUUUAGUGUGUGCAUAAGGUGGAGGGCGAGGUUCUCUGUUCUGCUUUUGCACACCUUUACCUGGGGAUGGACAGGCCAUGCACGAGCACUUGAUCCUGCCCCCAGGAUUGAUGGACGCCAACACUCCGAGGUCACUGUGCAAGAAAACAUCACUCAUAGCUUCAAUUGCCAAUCAGAAGGCUGGAGUCCACAAGCCCCGCCCCUGCUCAGCUGGUACCUCAACGGUGAGAGACAGAGUGAAGUUUCAGGUAGCCGGGGGCCGGGGCGCCUGGUGAUGACGUCGCCAAAUGACAAGGGAACGAUGAAGUACAGCGCAGAGCGAAACAGCACGUUCACUCUCCGGCCCAGGAAGUGGGAUCGCGAGCUGGUGUGUGCCGCCUCGAACCCGCACGGUGGAGAGAGCUACAACGCCACCGUUGUCCUUAACGUUCAGUUUCAGCCGGAGAUUCUGCGAGUCAACGCCCACUACAGCGAGACCGCAGACCCCGGGAUCUCCUUGGUGCUCUUUGCAUUGGUUCGCUCCAACCCCCCCGCCACCAUCACGUGGGUGGAUCAGUCCGGCCAGCUGGUGGCCAACACCACUGACUUCCUCAUCCUGGACUCGCGGAGCUACCCGUGGCUGGCCAAUCACAGCCUGCAGGUCAUGCUGAGCAGCCUAUCAGGAAACGUCUCGCUCAGCGCCAAUAACAGCCUCGGCUCCGCCCACACCAACCUGACGCUCACAGAAUUCCUGCAGUCUCGGGUGGAAGUGCCGAUGCUAGGGAUUGUCACGGGCGGUGUUGCGGGCUUCGUCACGCUUCUCAUCCUCACUCUGAUGGUGCUCUGUCUUCUGCACAAGGACAAAACCAAAGUCAUCGAGGAACCAGUCGCAAUUCCCAUGACCCAAGAAUGUAACAGAUCAGACAAAGUGCAGGUGAAUGGAGUGUAUCUGCCACGUGAGAACAUGUCGCUGCCCUCCAACGUGCCGCUCAACGAACACAGCGCUCUCUGUAAAGGACGGCUUCCGAACUCCAAACAGAACACUUUAACACGGAAGACUAAAGAGGACGAGGAGGAAGAGGACCUCUCGUUGGCCUACGCCGCCAGAGGUCAGAGGUCACGGCAUCUGAAAGUUUCGCCAGAUACCCCAUGGUUGGUUACAUCUACAAAGUAAACAGCACAAGCAGCGAAGAGAUCUGGCUUUGAUUGUAUUUCUCAACACACACACAUCCCACACUCAUCCCACAAUGAAUUUCUCCUUGCUAGAUUUUAAUAUUUAAAAAAAAUAUUUAAGUCUAGCAACCUCAAUUUUACUUUAUAUAGCUUUUAUAUUGUAUAAAUGACUAUUUAUAGCCAUUUAUUAUAAUGAUUAUAACUAUAUCUGUAAUUUAUUAUAAUAUAAAUUAAUUUAUACAUACAUACAUAAUAUAAUUUUAUAUUAAAAUAUAAAAUUUAAUGUUGUAAUUUAAUAUCUAAUUAUAUAAUAUAAAUUAUAUAAUUCAUUUUUCCUCCAUUUUCUUCCAAAACCUUAUUAACUUUGAAGUUACUUUUUUUUUCCCUCCAAACAAUUCCUUCAUAAAUAAAUAAAUAAAUAAAUAAAUAAAUCUGCAUUUUACCCCAUGCUAGGUAUUCAGAUUUUAAAAUGGCCGCUGCAAACGUAGAUAGUUAGAAUUUUCUUAUAAUUCCACAAAUGAAUGAAAGUUUUAAAUUGUAGAAAUGAUGCCUUUUAAAGCUUUUCUUGAAGCGUAGAACUCAAUAAACCAGAAAAAAUAUUGCUAUUGGGUUCUAUGUUUAUCAUAUUGUGAGCUUAUCAUAUCACAUCAUUCCACCUCUCUUAAAAAAAAAAAAGAUCUAAACAAUAUAUUAAUGCUAAAGAAAUGAAAUGAAAACGGUAUAAAAUUGUAUAGAAAUAAUACAAGUUUAAUAAAACAAUAUAUCCAGGUAUAGAGAUUGCUACUGAAGAGUCAUUACCCAGAAUUCUGUGCUGCUAUGUGGAAUGCUCCAUGGUAAUCAAAGAGAAUGUUAAAUGAAGUAUAAUAAUAAUAUAAUGAUGAAAGUUAUAUUUGUAAUAAUAAGACUACACUGCAGAGGUUACAUAUGUAUUUAUAUAUUUACAUGUAUAUUUUAAUGCAUGUACAUAUAAGGAAUGUACUGUGUAUAUAUUAUAUGUCAAGAGUUAUUUAUUAAAGACAAGAUGGAGAGAUUCGGUUCUUUCCAUCCAGCAGGAGGUGCUAGGA